AUGUUUAGAGCGUCAGUUUUGAAAUCAGCAUCCAAGAGAUUAACUGUUGCGAUCCAAAGCAGGUCAUUCACCAACUCUGGCAGGGCAUUAAUUCAUGCUAACAAAACCACUUUGUCGAAGACAUCAGAGUUUAUUGGCAAUAAUGCGCCAUUUGGAGUGACCACAUACAGCAGACCAGAAAUGGUUCUGAAAAAAGGGAAAGGUUCUUUUCUUUGGGAUGUCGAGGGAAAGAAGUACGUUGAUUUUUCUGCCGGAAUUGCCGUGACUGCUCUUGGCCAUUCCAACCCAGAGGUUGCAAAGAUUAUGUUUGAGCAGGCGAACACACUUGUCCAUAGUUCAAAUCUUUUCUACAACCUAUGGACUUUAAAGUUAAGUAAAGAAUUGGUUGAAAAAACAAAGCAGUUUGGUGGGAUGUACAAUGCAUCACAAGUGUUUUUGUGCAACUCCGGUACGGAAGCGAAUGAGGCUGCCCUAAAGUUCGCUAGAAAAUACGGAACUUCCAUUUCUCUUAAAAAGACAAAAUUCAUAACCUUUGAAACCUCAUUUCACGGUAGAACAUUUGGUUCAUUAUCUGUGACCCCAAAUCCUAAGUACCAGAAGCCUUUUGCACCAUUGGUUCCGGGUGUUUCUGUUGCUAAACCCGGCGACAUUGCAUCGGUUGAAAAAUUGAUCAGUGAUGAAACUUGUGGUGUAAUCAUCGAACCAAUUCAAGGUGAAGGUGGCGUUCAUCCACAGAAUCAUGAAUUCCUGGUUUCUUUGAAGAAACUUUGCAGUAAGCAUAAAGCUCUUUUAAUAUAUGAUGAAAUACAAUGUGGACUGGGAAGAUCGGGAAAGCUUUGGGCCCAUGCAAAGCUUCCAAAAGAAGGACAUCCGGAUAUUCUCACAAUGGCAAAGGCAUUAGGAAAUGGAUUUCCAAUUGGUGCCACCAUGAUUUCAAAAGAGGUUGGUGAUGUAAUAAAGGUUGGAGAUCAUGGAACAACUUUUGGUGGAAAUCCAUUGGGGGCAAGAAUUGGAUGCUAUGUUUUAAAUCAGAUAGCUACUGAUGAAUUCUUAAAUAAUGUUCAGAAGAAGUCCGAACUCUUCAAGGUUAAACUGAAUGAAUUAAAAGAAAAGUUCCCCAAAAAUAUUAAGGAUAUCAGGGGUGAAGGGUUAAUCCUUGGACUUGAAUGCACUGAAAACCCAUCUGCUGUUAUUGAAAAAGCAAGAGAACUAGGACUUUUGGUUAUUAGUGCCGGCGGAAAUGUCAUUAGAAUUGUUCCUCCCUUAAACAUCCCCGACGAAGUCAUUAUUGAUGGUUUGAAGAUUUUAGAGAAGGCUAUGAAUGAGACUUUUGUUCAAAAAAAAUAA